AAAGCCCAACUCCAGCAGCAGAAACAGAAACAGACGGAAUGAAAGCGAGUCAUGGAGCUGUGUCUGAGCUGAGCUCACAGCAGCAGAUUUCCUGAGAUCCGGACAUUCAGAUGGAGCCGACCAACCUACAGAAAGCCAUAGCAGUGGCCACCAAAGCUUCACAAGAAGAUCAAGCUGGAAACUAUGAGGAGGCCAUCAAAUCCUACCAGCACGCCGUGAAGUAUUUUCUGCACAUAAUAAAGCGUGAGCCACAGGGAAAAGAAGGCAAUCAGAAGCUCAGGGAGAAGUGUGUCCAGUACCUGGACCGGGUGGAGGAGCUUCAGGAUUAUCUGGAUAAAAAACAGAAAGCUAUAGACCUUGCCAGUAAGGCAGCCCAGGAGGACAAGGCCCAGAACUACGAGGAGGCCCUGCGACUCUACCAGCAUGCAGUUCAGUACUUCCUACAUGUGGUGAAAUAUGAAGCUCAGGGGGACAAAGCAAAACAGAGCAUCAGAGCCAAGUGUGCAGAGUAUCUGGACCGAGCGGAGAAACUGAAGGAGUAUCUAAAGAAGAAGGAGAAAGCCCCUGCAAAACCUGUGAAGGAGUCCCAGUCAGACGAUAAAGGAAAUGAGAGUGAUGAAGGAGAAGAUCCAGAGAAGAAGAAAUUUCAGAAUCAGCUCUCCGGGGCCAUCGUCAUGGAGAAGCCAAACAUUCAGUGGAAUGACGUUGCUGGGCUGGAGGGAGCUAAAGAGGCACUGAAGGAAGCUGUAAUUUUACCCAUCAAAUUCCCACAUCUCUUCACAGGUAAAAGAACUCCAUGGAGGGGGAUUCUGCUCUUCGGACCUCCAGGCACAGGAAAGUCUUAUCUGGCCAAAGCCGUAGCCACAGAGGCCAACAACUCCACCUUUUUCUCCAUUUCCUCCUCAGACUUAGUGUCCAAGUGGCUGGGAGAAAGCGAGAAGCUGGUAAAGAACUUGUUUACUCUGGCCAGAGAGAACAACCCCUCCAUCAUCUUCAUCGACGAGAUCGACUCCCUGUGUGGCUCUCGAAGUGAGAACGAGAGCGAGGCGGCUCGGAGGAUCAAGACAGAGUUCCUUGUGCAGAUGCAGGGUGUUGGUAAUGAUAAUAAGGGGAUUCUGGUGUUGGGAGCCACAAACAUCCCAUGGACACUGGACUCUGCCAUCAGGAGACGAUUUGAGAAGCGCAUCUACAUCCCCCUCCCGGAGGAGCACGCUCGUUCCUUCAUGUUUAAGCUGCACCUGGGCAGCACACCCAACAGCCUCACUGAAGCAGACUUCAACACUCUGGGGAAGAAGACUGAGGGCUACUCAGGAGCCGAUAUCAGCAUUAUAGUGAGAGACGCACUGAUGCAGCCAGUCAGGAAGGUUCAGUCUGCUACACACUUUAAACAGGUACGAGGCCCAUCAAGAGAUGAUCCGAACCUCAUUCUGGAUGAUCUUUUGACCCCUUGUUCUCCAGGUGAUCCGAACGCCGUAGAGAUGACUUGGAUGGAGGUUCCUGGGGAUAAGCUCUUGGAGCCUGUGGUUAGCAUGCCGGAUAUGUUACGAUCACUAUCCAACACAAAGCCCACCGUGAACGAGCAGGACCUGGAGAAGCUACGGAAGUUCACUGAGGACUUCGGCCAGGAAGGCUGAGAGGGAGGCGUCUCUUCCAGAACCAAAGCAAACACAACCUGAUUGUAAAGUCUUCUUCUGUUUCUUGUUUUUUCUCCCCCCCCCUCUUUCCUCCUCCUGGACUUUUUUCCCUUCGGCUGGCGGCUGAGCAGACGGCAGGUUUAAGCUGGUCUGGACGCUACAUGGGAACCUGAUGAGUGUGUUCAUUCAUUCAUUCAUUCAUUCAUUCAUAUACAAGCCUUAGUUUCUUUUUUUCUGUUUUAGUUUUUUCUCUUUUAAACUACAAGCCCAGGCUAAAUGUUCAAUACGUGUCUCUCUUUUAGACGAAUCUCAUAUCGUAACCGUCUCCGUCUACACUUCCAGCUUAGCUACUUUUCUCAUGAACAACUACGUUCAGUGGUACAUGGCACUACUAUGAAGUUCAGAGAUGUUUCGGCUCAUUCUUGGAGCGAAAGCCUUGUUUUGGGUUUGAUUAAUGAAAGCUGCGGAUGGUUUAGAGGGUGGUGAUCGUGUAAAUGGACUGGAAAACUGAACUGAAAACGAAUUAUCCAGUAGAGCGAGGGGAUUAUUACAGAUAUUAUAUGUUAUCGGUAUGGAGAUCUCUAAAACAAUACUUUUAGGCCUCUUUGUGUCUGUAAAGAUCGUUUUUGAGAGGAUGGCGUUGAGGAGAUGUGAGCUGAGCUGUAGUAUAACCGUAACUAUUUCAGACCAGACGCUUUUGUAUAUUUACAAAAUUUCCCUUUGAAGCCCUUUAUCUUGCAUUGUUGGACCACAUUAGGCAUUACUCAGAGGCCUGUAGAGGGCCAAGCACUUAAAAGUGCGCGAUCCAUUAUACAUAAUAAUCUCCUCUGUAAUUUCCUCUAUACUGCAGUUAUAUUUGACAGAAAACUGUGAAACUGCAGUUUCUUUCAUUGUGUGUAAUCGUAAGUGUGAGUUCUGCACAGUGCAGGGCUGCCUCGUUUUGCUUUUACAGGAAGUGAAAAGGUGUGAAACUUUGGGUGUAUUUAUUUAUUAAAACGUGAUAAGCAUUUUUACCUUUGUUAAAUAGCUCUCCUCCGCUCUCCUGCAGCUUUCUGAGAUCCUGUAUUUUGUGCACUUUGCUAAAAUAGGCCUUUAGAAUGAGGACAAUAAAGAUAAAUCACUUUUUACACCGUUAUUCAGGCUCAAAGUAGCUCCACACCUCAUUGAUAGAAUCUGGAGAGCCCAGAUCUUUAAAACGAGGUGUUUAAAAAUGUAAAACUGCACAAGAAGCUUAUUAAAAGCUACUGUUUACAUCCCAUACUGUUAGUAAAUCUUAAAUUUAAGUCACAAUAAAUCAAAUGUUGACCAGGAGAACGAAUAGUAAAACUUUUUGAGCAGUGUUUAUGUAACCUGUUGUCGGUUCUUUGCAUUCUAUUAGGGACAAUAAACCAGAUAUAUUUUCAGCAACAGCUGGAAUUCAUGCAUUUCCAUAGGAAUUUAUAUUGCAAUCUGCUCAACUUAAAUCCUACCUAUUCGUUCUCGUGCUCGACGGUUGACUUAUUGUGACUUAAAUUAAAGAUGCCGGCACAGUGACUUUUAAUAAACUUCUUGUGCAGUUUUAUAGCUAUAAAUGCCUUAUUUUAAGUGUCAGAGCUUUCCAGAUUUUACCAAUGAAGUUUGGAGCUACUUUAAACCUGAAUAACUGUGUAAAAAGUGAUUUAAGUGCAUUUUCUCCAUUCUAAAAGCCUGUUUAGGCAAAGUGCACAAAAUACUGAAUCUCAGAAAGCUGCAGGAGAGAGGAGAGAGACUUUUUUUUUUUUUUUUUUUAAAUCAUGUUUUAAUAAAUACACCCAAAAUCAAUUUUACACUGGAGUUCUCCUUUAAGGUAGGUCAUGUGAUUCGGGGUCAACACUCGAACAUGCCUUCUUCACCUGGUCGCCUCGAAGCCGACACUUUUGCCGCGGCUAAGCUGACCACGUGCCUUCUACACGUAUCUUCGUCUCUGCUCAGUUCAGGAAAAACAGAAGGUCUGUGUAUAUUAUGUAUUGGUCUGCAUUCAUAUGUUCAUCCACAGGCAGAAUUUGGGGCACGGUUAUUCAAAUAUUAUUUGCACAUUUCAUUAAAAUAAAUUUUUAAAAAAAUCAUACUCUCAGAUUGUAUACACACCUGUACUCCUAUGCACUUACGGUGUUGGUUUAUAUUUUCCUUAAAAUGUUAUUAAAAUAUAGAGAAUAUGGCUUUUAAGAAAAUAAUACUGUAUACUUUUACAAUAAAUGUAUACUCGUCUUUUUUCAGUUGAAAGUUCAUCUGCUUCAUGAGGUUUUGGUGUUGCUUGUUUCUUUUAUUAUACACAUGUAAAUAAAGGCUAAGAUUGCAACAAA